AUGGCCUCCGUAAUGAACAAUGCAAAUACACUGCGUAAAGCGCUGACUAAAGGCACUGGCCUCUCCUUCGGUGCCUGGCAGAUGCUGCCAGGAACGCAUCUGUCAAGAACGAUCGCCAGAGCAGGCUUCGAUUGGAUCUGCAUUGAUUGUGAACACGGCAAUAUUGCAGAUAGUGAUAUGCACGACUCCGUCCACGCCAUCGCCUCCUGCAACGUCAGCCCCAUUGUACGUAUCCCCGCGAACGAGGGUUGGAUGGUCAAAAGGGCCCUAGACGCCGGCGCUCACGGUAUUAUCGUGCCAUUGCUAUACAGCGUCGAGGAUGCGAGGAGACUGGUGCAGACGGCCAAGUUCCCGCCGUACGGCAAGAGAGGGUUCGGUAGCCCGUUCUCCAUGGGCGCGUUUGAUGUCAAGGGGGAUUUGUCCGGGUUCGAGUAUAUGAAGAAUGCGAAUGAGAAUCUUUUGACGAUUGUCCAGAUUGAGACGAAGGACGCUUUGGAUUGUGUCGAGGAAAUCGCCCAGGUCGACGGCAUUGACGUCCUCUUCGUCGGUCCUUGGGAUUUAGGCAACAAUAUCGGGCAUCCCGUGAUGGGUGAUUUUGACCCCGAAUUGAAAGAGGCGAUCGCCCGAAUCCUGAAAGCUGCUCAAGGCGCGGGCAAGAAGUCGGGCAUAUAUUGUCCAUCUGGAGAGUUUGCCAAGAGAUAUGCCGAUAUGGGAUUCCAGAUGAUUUCCGUGGUCAACGACAUGACGGCAAUCCCGACGUUUAUGGCGGAUUCGUUGUCGAAAGCAAAAGGAACUUGGGGUCAGGCCGCUGCCCAAGCGAUCAAGGGGGCUGCGUACGGUGCCGCAAACAUGGUGACGAAAGACUAG